GGUCAAAACACGUCAAAACCAGUUCAAAAGAACUAAAAUUUUAACCUCACUUUUAUUUCUAAAUUUUAUUAUUAUGUAAGUUAAAAAUACGCACUUUCUGCUUCGAAAAUGUUAAGGAAAAGUUUAUUAUCGGUUAAUUUUUUCCCAACAACAUUCAUACGAAACCUCACAUCGACGGAAGUAUCAUCAGCCCUUAGACCCUUUUAUUUCUCCGUACAUCCGGACCUUUUUGGUCAACACCCAAAAGAAAGGGCCAUCAACGAGACUUCUUUGCAGCAGCUGAGCUCAGUUUUAGAAGCCCUUCAAAGUUCUAAAUAUUCCAGACCCAUCACGCUACCGUUUUAUGUCAAAAAUAGGAGUGAUCCUAAUGAGGCAGUUAGGUUGAUAAAAAUCUAUCUAAAAGAACCUGAUAUUGAAACUACUAUAGUAAACAUAUUAAAGGCCUGUAAUUUACCAACUGAACAUUUGGAACAUUUAGUUGAGAGCAACGGUAAAGAAAAAAGUCAAAAUAUUUAUAAUGAGAAAGAAUGGGUCUCUGUCCGGUAUAAAAACGAAUAUGAUUUUACGAAAAUGAAUAAAAAUCAUCCUCUUUUUGCUACUUAUAUUAUGCAGCAAAAAAUUAAAAAGGCCAGGGAAAGUCUAAGAUUGAGAAAUUGGUUACAGCAAAAUUGUUCAGAGGCAUUAGAAAAAUGCAAGAGUGGCCAAGCUUCUAGAAUAGAAAUCAAACGUCUGAAAGAAGAAGUGGUAAACAAUUUUAAAUUAAAAGAAAUUAUCUGGGAUUGUGGAUGGAAUGGGACUCAUUUUAGAGGUUGUCUCUUGGCCUUCAAAUCCCUUAUGGAACAACAUCCUGAACAGAAAAAAGUACUUGUUGGGCAGGUCCUAGUAUUUUCAUAUUUUACCGGCAUCAGUUUGGAUGGCCAUAUUAUGUUGUUUAGUGGCGAAGUUCGUCAUAAUUGGUUAGAUUUUAUUAAAAAAAUUAGACUACACCGAAAAGCAUUGGAGCGGGUACCAUUUUAUGAAAGGUCUCUAUCUCAUGUUUUGAGGAAUAUGAAGGUUGGAAGAAGAAAAUUUAUGCCUAAAGUAAUGGUUGGAGAAUAUGAAAGAAAUUUAAAGCAGCUAACAACUUCAAUUAGUGAUUAUGUUGGACAUAGAGCAUAUCCAGAGAACUGGCCAAAAACUAUGGAAAAAUAUGAAAUUGUUGUUGAAAGCGAAGCAGGUCCAAUGAUGGUCAGUCCUACAGGACAGUUCAUAGUUCCAGCUUCUAUACCAGGUCCACUUUUGGUAAAUUUUAUCACAAGUAGUUUUCAAGAAGCUGAUGAUAAAAUUAAGAAUUAUAAGAAAGACAAAAUAAUGGAAAAACAGUUACAUACCAAGUGUGUUUAUGAACUGAAUUUGUCAGCUCUUCACAAAGAUGAUAACAUCACUCCAGAAUUAAUGAUAAAGUUUUGUAUAAAACUCUUAGAAAGUAAAGAACAAGUAAGAGAUUUCACUAAAAAUUUACAUGUAAAUGUAGCAACAUAUUAUUCUGUACUUUCUGAUGGUAUUGUUUGUAUUCCAUGGAACUUUAACUUAUAAGAAAUCUUCAGUAAAGACGCGUGCACAUCACGCCAGAACAGUGAGCUAAGCCUACUGGCAAAAUAAUGGAUCGUAGACGGUAGGUAUGGUCAAGUAACAAAAGUUAACAAAACAAGCAUUAUUAUUGUGUUUAAAAUAUAAUUUAUGUUUAAAAAAAAUGUAUCAAUCCCAAUCUUUUGACCAACCCCAAGGCUGUGUCUCGUGCUUGUUUGUUUCUAUAGUUCUCUAAAUCCACAUGCCAGAAACAUUCUUGAUUUCUAUAUAAUCUUAUGAACUCAAUUGUUAACUAUUUAGUUUUGGAGGUGUUAUGAUAGCGAAAUUCUCAAAAAAAUACCAAAACAAAAAAUACGCGCUAGAAAAAUGUACCUGGCCUGUCUUUGAUGUGUACAGGGGGACAGCUGUAAGCCAGUGAUUAGUCUUCCAUGGUGAGAAAACGCUACUUUAUUUGUGUUGUCUCGAAAUUACAAUGCACACGGGACCAGUAUUGGCCUGGCUCACUGUCCUGGCUUGACUACUGGCGUCAUAUGCUUGCGCCUUAAGGUUAUAUUGUUCUUGUACCAAAAACAGUUGGUCAUUUUUAUAUAUAAAAUAUUUUACAUGUCUAUAGGUGAAGCUUAAACUUACAUUAUUUGUUGUCUAUUAAAAUAUUAAAGUAAAAACAGUUGUAACUGUAUUUUACUCUAGUCAAACAUAUUAGGUAUUAUUUACAUAUUAUAGUUAUUUUGAAAAUGAGAGAGUUCUUGAACCUUAAAGUGUAUAAUAUAUUCUUUAUUUUAGUUUUCUUGGGUAUUAGGUUCUGGUUUCUUCUUUUCUCUAAAUUAAGUCAUAGUACAAAUAAGGAGAAAAUCUUUUUUCGUGGUGAUCUUUAAUCUUCAAAGAACAAACGUUUUGGUCAAAAGCCUUCAUCAGUGUUAACAUUUUGACAUUCUGU